AUGAGGCUGACGUGUGAGGUACAUAUUACCAACCGGCUUCUUCCCACCCUCAAUAUCCGCAAGCCUGUGCGAUCAACAUUCACACAAGUGUCUAUUGGCCAAAAGCCUGGUGGUCAGAACAAAGCUGGCCAGGUGUUUUUGAUGUUGUGUACUGCCAAGAAUAGAAAUGGUACAAAGUACUUGCUUCAUAGUAAUGUGGCACAGAUAUUUGGAAGGUUCAUACGUGAAGGAAAAGCUACAGUGAGCUUUUUGAACCCAGCAGAUGACAUAUCUUUUAGUAAGGCAGAUCCCGUGCGACUGAUGGCAUUUAUGAAAUUGCUGAGACUGGCCUGUCAGGGCAAAGAUUUUCCAGCAGAUUCUUUGAGUAUACUAGUUCCUGCAUCAGGCAGAGAGAUUGAGAAACCAGUCACCUCUCUGAAGGUUGAAAAGCCCUCAGAGUACCCUAUGACAUUUCCUAAAUCAUUACAACAGUUAAUAAUAAAAAACUGUUCACUCAAGAAGAUGAGUGCACAGAUCUCAGCCCUACAAGAACUCAGACUGCUGGACAUGAGCUGCAACUGUCUGUCUUCAGUACCAGAGACCCUGUGCCAACUGACAAAUCUCCAUACUUUAAACUUAGCCCAAAAUAAACUGACUACUUUUCCAGUAAGCCUGAUCAAUAGCUCCAUUAGUAAAUGCCUGGUCAAUCUUGAUCUGAAGAAUAAUGAGAUAACUAGCAUACCAGCUGAUAUUGUGAAGUUGAAGUCACUUCAUUCGUUGAACAUCAGUCAUAAUCAGCUCAGGCAUAUUCCGGAGUCACUGGGCUUCAUGAAGACUCUACGCGAUGUUUACCUUUCAAACAACCUCCUGGAGUUCUUGCCUGGCACUAUGCUAUCCAAAUGGUACAAUGCAAUAGAUUUCAGCAGUAAUCCAUUUCCAGAUGAAAGAACUGUGGCUAGACAACUGAACCCUGUUUUACCCGUCCCUACAUUAGCAGAGCUUGCAGCGAGAAGUGUUGUCAAAUACAGGGUCCCAUACUCAGCCGAGGAUCUUGACUGGUAUUCCAUAAGUUAUCUGAAGACAGCUCGCUUUUGUUUGUGUGGGAAGCCCUGUUUUGAAGCAAAGAGUACGCAGAUUGUCUGGAUGAUGGUGGCCUCUAACGUGCUGUAUAAUGAACAACAGGCCCCGUAUUUGGUCAACUUUUGCUCCAGAACUUGUAUUUUAAGACUGUGA